UGCAAAGCGAGCGCCUGGAAGACUCAAUGCUGCGUAUCAGCUUCUAGGAUAUCCCGAGAUUGAAUUUCUGUCGAAAGCGUACGCCGCGGUUUUCGUUGUUUUUUAGACGAACUACUCUGCUGUUCGCUUGCAUUCUCCAUGGGAUAAGCGCACAACGUUCACACGUUGAGUUUGCGUACGAUCGGAUUUAAGCAUCGCUGUCAUUUUGCAGGAUAAUUGUAUUUUUAAAGAAACAACGGACGCGGUGGAUUCAUUGAAGGAAAUCAGAAUUCGAUCGGUGGAAGAGGACGCCGAGAUUAUUUAAACCCCUGUUUAAACAGUUAUUUUCGUAGAGUCGGUGUGAAGUGGCCUGCAGGACUGUUUUAUUAGGUGGAUUUUAAAAGCCAUCCCAUUUCCGAAUGGAAAAUUAGGACAAGUUGACCUACCCCUCUCACAAAGGGGGUCCAAGCCGCCGCGCGUACGGCAUGUUGUUGCGCCGUAUGUUUUUGGGAAAGCUGGCACAUGCAUGCGUGUGUAGUGGGGUCGUUUCGGAGAUUUUGUUUGGUUGUGUUCUCUAAAGAUAUGGACAGCAUUUUUGACAUUCGAUGAGCCUAUAAAGUUUAUUUUUUGAAGUUUUUUGUUGUUGCAGAUUUUCAAAACUUUGUAUGUGUUUUGAUUUUUAUCAGACUGUUUAUCGCUACAAAUGUCGACCUAUUGAUCUGCAUUUCUUUAUAACAAACUUUACUGUUCCAGUUUAUUUUAUAUAUAUAUAUAUAUAUAUAUAUAUAACUGUACAUUGGACCAGUAGUUGAAAGUUGUUGCCUCCCAUGACUCGGUGGCACUCAUCUAUCCUGUGAGCGACUCGACUACCACCGUGAGAUUGUCCAUUCCUGAUGGGUUCAAGACCCAGCUGACGAUUCUUGAACCCCACAGUGAUUGCCCAUCUUUGUAAACAUUCAUCCGUAAAAACACUUGGGAGUCCGCAAUGGAGCUCUUCUCCAGGAAUGUGGCCGCGCUCUGGAUUAUCCUGCUGGAGUUCCUGUUCAAAUCGGUGGCGGAGGAAGAGGUCCUGAUGAACACUAAGACAGAGACAUCAGAUCUGAAGUGGACGACAUACUCUCGAUCUAAACCUGAGUGGGAAGAGAUAAGUGGUCUAGAUGAGGAGAACAACAGCGUGAGGACCUAUCAGAUCUGCCAGUCUGACGGCUCAUCCAGUCAUUGGUUGCGCAGUAAGCUCAUUGAGCGGCAAGGGGCAUCGCAGGUUUAUGUGGAGUUGUGCUUCACAAUGAUCGAGUGUUCGUCACGCAACACGCACCAUCGAUCUUGCAAAGAGACCUUUAAUCUGUACUAUUACCAGAGCGAUACGGAUGAUGCAACGGCUACACACCCCGCAUGGAUGGAGAACCCCUAUACUAAGGUUGACACGGUGGCUGCGGACUUCCUGUUACGUAAAGGUGGAGAAAAGAAGUUUAAUGUGAAAACGCUGCGCUUGGGCCCCCUGACCAAACGUGGAUUUUACUUGGCGUUCCAGGCCCAAGGGGCAUGCAUGGCCCUUCUAUCCGUACGCGUCUUCUUUAAGAAGUGUCCUGCUCUCACGCGCUCGCUCUCAGUCUUCCCGGAGACAGUUCCACGCUCGCUGGUGCAGGAGGCAGUGGGCAAGUGUGCAGCGAAUGCAGCACAGCCUGGGCCUAAUCCCAGACCACCCAAGAUGUUCUGUGGAGAAGAUGGACAGUGGGUGGACCAGCCCACCACCACCUGCACUUGCCUGCCUGGCUUUGAGGCGAGCCAUGAAGAACUGGAAUGUAAAGCGUGUCUUGCUGGUCAUUUUAAGAUGGGUUUUGGUGCCGACCCAUGUACUGCGUGUCCUGAUUCCAGUCACACAGGAGAGACAGGCUCCGCCUCAUGUGUUUGUCGCCCUGGUUACCACCGCGCCCCCACCGACAGUCCAGAUACACCCUGCACACGUCCUCCCUCGACCCCACGCAGUCUCGUUCCUCAGGUUAACGACACAUCUCUCACGCUGGAAUGGAGUGAACCGCUAGACAGCGGUGGUCGUUCGGACCUCACCUACAGUGUGGAGUGCCGUAUGUGUUUGAUGCCCGGGAGCCCGUGCACCCCCUGCGGCGAUGGCUUGAACUACCGCCCGUCUCAGUCUGGGAUCCUUGGACGGCGGGUCAGCAUUUGGGGUCUGCGGCCUCGCACCACCUACAGCUUUACAGUGAUGGCCCUCAACGGGGUCUCCUCUCUGAGUGUGCAGUGGCCCGCGGGCGAGACUAUUAACAUCACCACCAGCCCCAAUGUUCCGGUGCUGGUGUCUGGUUUGAGGAAGAACACCGCUACAGAAUCCAGUCUAACGCUGCACUGGGCCACACCCACCCAAACCCACUACAGCAUACUACAGUAUCAGCUGCGCUACUGUGAAAAGGAGCGUGGUUCGGAGGAGAACUUAUGUCAUUAUACGGAGAGCGAUGUCAACCAUGUUGUUUUGAGCGACUUGCGCAGGGCGACGCAAUAUGAGGUUCAAGUCCGCGCUCGCACAUUGGCCGGCUACGGCAGCUUUGGUCAAGCUGUCGUCUUUCGAACCCUUCCUGAUGAAGAUGAUUCCUCGUCUCCGCUGCUUUUGACUGGAGUGCUUAUUGCAAUGGGCAUGCUGCUACUUAUAAUCGUCAUUGCUGCUGCGAUCUACUAUGUAAGGAAGCAAAAUCUCUCCAAAGAUCCAGAACUGAGCGACAAAAAUGGUCAGUAUCUCAUGGGUCAAGGAAUGAAAGUUUACAUCGAUCCAUUCACUUACGAAGACCCUAACGAGGCGGUGAGAGAGUUCGCUAAGGAGAUUGAUGUCUCUUUUGUCAAAAUCGAGGAGGUUAUUGGGGCAGGUGAGUUUGGCGAGGUAUGCCGGGGAAGGCUUAGGAUUCCGGGUAAGAAGGAGAACUAUGUUGCCAUCAAGACCCUUAAGGGUGGAUACACCGACAAACAGAGACGGGACUUCCUGUCAGAGGCGUCAAUCAUGGGCCAGUUCCAGCACCCCAACAUUAUCCACCUGGAGGGCAUUAUAACAGCCAGCUGCCCAGUCAUGAUCCUCACAGAGUUCAUGGAGAACGGAGCUCUGGAUUCCUUCCUGAGACUAAAUGAUGGGCAGUUUACACCAAUACAGUUAGUCGGUAUGCUGCGUGGCAUUGCAUCAGGCAUGAAAUAUCUUUCUGAAAUGAGCUACGUGCAUCGUGACCUGGCAGCACGGAAUAUUCUAGUCAACAGUAAUCUGGUGUGCAAAGUGUCCGACUUCGGUCUGUCGAGGUUCCUGCAAGAGAAUUCAUCUGACCCCACUUACACCAGCUCGCUGGGUGGUAAAAUUCCAAUACGCUGGACAGCACCUGAGGCAAUCGCUUUCCGUAAAUUUACCUCUGCAUCCGACGUCUGGAGUUAUGGAAUUGUCAUGUGGGAAGUGAUGUCAUUUGGAGAGCGACCAUACUGGGACAUGAGUAACCAGGAUGUGAUUAAUGCCAUUGAGCAGGAUUAUCGGUUGCCGCCGCCACCUGACUGUCCCACAUACCUACACCAGCUGAUGCUGGAUUGCUGGCAGAAGGAGCGCACAGCUAGACCACGCUUCGCAAACAUUGUCUCUGCACUUGACAAGCUGAUUCGCAAUCCAGCCUCACUAAAAAUCACCGCCCAAGAGGGGGCAGGCCCCUCUCACCCUCUGUUAGACCAGCGCUCCCCUCUAACGGCCUCAUCCUGUGGGACAAUAGGUGACUGGCUCAGGGCCAUUAAGAUGGAGCGCUACGAGGAGAGUUUUCUACAGGCUGGAUACACGUCCAUGCAGCUACUCGCCCACAUCACCACAGAGGAUCUUUUGCGUUUGGGAGUGACUCUUGCUGGUCACCAGAAGAAGAUUCUGUCCAGCAUUGAAGCUCUUGGAAUUCAAAACAAAACUCCAGGGAAUGUGCUUUACUGAGCAGCCCAUCACACACAUUCACACACAUGCAAACGCAUAUUGAGUUUGCUGGAGAACCUUUAAGUAACCUUCCACUCACUAUCAGGAACAUUUGUACUUCCUUUUUGUACCGGAUCGCUUAAGGAUCAAGAGUGCUUAUUUGCUUCCAAGACUACCUAAAGGAGAUCUGUCCAGGAACCAAUCGGAACGAUCACUGUAAUACCACUAAUAUCACAAAACUACAUUUGUGGUAUCAAACGGGUUUCAUGUGGAUGUUACUUGCAUCAUUUCACCAUUUUGGGGAGCCAUACGGCAUAAUCCAAAAGAAAAGACUCGCUGUGACAUCAUAUUGCAAAUAAUAAUGUCAUAGUAUCUAAUCGGUGAUGUCACAAUGCAAUCUUCAUGAUCAAGGCAAUGCUAAAGUAUUUCCAUUUUUGCAGAGUAUUUUUCUAAAGGAGACUUUCAUACUGAAGAGACUGAAAGAGGAUAACGCGAUAUAUAUACGAUGAGAAAUAUUACCUUUAUAAUGCAAGAAUUUGGAUAUAAAUAUCAUAUUAUUAAUUAUGAUGUCUUGAUUCUUCGUAUUAAGAAUGUGCCAUGUGUGUAUUCUUUGACAGACGCUCACAUACAACAUUUAAAAGUGCGUGUUGCAAGGAACACAUAUUUUGUUUUUAAACAAUGCACUCUGUGUGUGGGAAUGUGUAAAAUAAGCACAAUAGUCUUUAGCACUUUUUUAAGAGAGAGACAUGAAUGAGGUGGACCAAAUAUUCAUGUUAUACGUGCUUUUACAAACUCUGUCUCGCACACACACACACCACUUACAUGUUUAAAGAUCUGCAACACUGGAUUGGCACUAAAAGCGACCAACUAAAAGACUGUCCGCUGUUUUGUAAGUGGCUGAAAGACUCAAAAUGUCCUUUGAAGGAGUGCCAUCAUGUUUCGUUCAUUAUGGGAAAUGUUGUGUUGGUUUGAUUUAUCAAAAAGUUUCAAAAGUCACCCUUUGAUACCACACAUUGCUUUCAGGGUUAGGAGGAUUUGGUCUUCACAUUGGAGAUCCACAAAAACAAACCAGGGACAUGAUUAUUUUGUUGCCUAUUUUUUGUAUAAAUAUAACUUGAUUUAUGUAAAAAGAUUCAUUUUCUGUUUCAGUGUAAUCUGUGUUUCUGUUACAAUAAAUAUAACACAUUUUAUUCUU